AUGUCGAACCCUCUCUCACCCCUCUCGACCUCCUACCAGAACGCGCGCGCGCAGUCGCAAAUGGCGAACUCCUCACCUUUCCUCCACAAGACUUUGGACCAAGCGUCUGAAAAUGCCGCCCCCUCAAGUCCUCUGAAAAGAGAGUGGACAAGUCGCGCAAUGUCCUCCCCCAAUGCUUACGAUGAAAACGAAAACUACCCUAACGAAUCUGACUACGACAACGCCCACGAGAACCACGAUGACCACGAUAUCAAUGACACAGAAUCAUACCAAGCCGGUGUUAGCUCACCAUUCCAAUAUGAGGCGCGUGAAGACACCGUCAAUUACCAGAAGCUGCGUCAAAUGCGACAGACUUCUCAGUCAUAUCCACAGCUGGAUCCAUUGGAAGAGGAGGAACCGGCAAGCUCUCCAUUUCGCCCAAAUGCCGCAGAAGACACAGUGGACUUCCAAAGAAUACGGGAUGUAGAUCCCAUGUCGCCUGGCGUGGAUAGGCGGCUUGCCCUGGAGGAGCCUAUGAGUUCUCCGUUCCGCCCUCAGGCAGUCGACGAGACGGCAGGAUUCCACGACCUGCAGGAGGGGCAAUCAUCACCUCUCGCACGCCCAGAGACUCAUACAUGGGAGGAGGAUAGCCCACAAAGCUCUCCAUUCCGCCCACAUGCUCAAGAAGAGACCGUGGAUUUCCACAAUCUGCGAGAGGUAGAGCCUUUGUCGCCUGGGAUUGAGAGGCGGCUGGCUGUGGAGGAUCCAGCAAGCUCUCCGUUCCGCCCUGAUGCCCGAGAAGAGACGGUGAAUUUCCAGAGACUGCGUGAGGUGGAGCCUUUGUCGCCUGGGAUUGAGAGGCGGCUGGCUGUGGAAGAUCCAGCAAGCUCUCCGUUCCGUCCUGAUGCCCGAGAAGAGACAGUGAAUUUUAAUAGACUGCGUGAGGUGGAGCCCCUGUCACCAGGGAUUGAGAAAAGGUUGGCAAUCGAUGAGCCGGCAAGCUCCCCAUUCCGCCCUGAUGCACGGGAAGAGACUGUUGAUCUCGACCGAUUGCGCGAAAUGCAAAAUCCAUCACCUGUCUUCGAGGCUGAGCAAUCACCCGAACCAGCUAGUUCGCCUUUCCGCUAUCAGGCUCGAAAGGAGCCAUCUGAGUCCCCCAAACUAUAUGAGGUGCAGGAAGAUUCACCAAUGCCCAACACCAUCUCUUCUCCUGUUGUGGUGCCCAGCUCGCCCUCCCGUGCCCGGGAACCAGAAGCAGAGGAGCCUGUGGAGCAACAUGAUAUGCAUCCACAACCACUGGAGGUACCUCAAGACUCCUCCCCUGCUCCAGAGCCUUCUACCUUCCAACCAAGUCCCAAUGCCCAAGACCAUGGUUCACCCAAGCUACUUGAAAGACGGCCAACGCCAGAAGAGUCUCACAACUCCUCCCCUGCGCCACCGCCGGAACCUGUUGCAACCACAGAGCCGAGCCCUAAGGAACAUACACUGAAUCUUCACAAGCCUCGUCGGAUUUCCCGGAUAUCGCUUGGCCUGAGUGGCCAGCGUCCGGCUUCAGCAACUCCUCGCAAAAGAUCCUACGACCAAACACCCCAAGAGCAGGAGGAAAGCCUGCAAGUCCGCGCAAGUCACAAAAAAGGCAUGAUGAGUCGACCAGAGCCACCAGCUAUUCACGUCGAAUCUGGAGAUUCUAGUAUCGUUCAAGACCAUCAAGACCAUAGCCUUCUGACGACAAGUGCUGCGCAAGAUCGUUCAGCGAUCGGCAACAGCCUGAUGGAAGACAGACACAACGAGGGCAUGAGCACGGUUCUACAUGAAGAUGGCGAAAAAGAAAACGUCACCCACGCGCAAGAGUCAAAUGAAACUUCGAUGGUUGAUGAUUCCAUGGACGACACUUGUUUGAGUACUUUCUCCGCCGUACCGGACAUGACUACGUUUGCAAAGCUUCGUUCUCAGUCCCCGAUGAAGUCAAUGCGAGGCUCUGUCGGGCCGGGUUCCGCUGUGGGUGGGUAUCGUCGUAGUGUCGACCCAAACACCCCGGGCACAGAUCGUAGGGCUUACAGAGCAAGCGCCCAUAUGGAGGCACACUCGCCCACCGGAUCGCCCACCCCAAGACCUAGAGGUCCUCGGGACAUGAACAACCCAAUGGAGUCCGGUAAUUUGCUGGAUUUAUCUGAGUCAAUGAACUUCCAACCUCGCCAAUCUAUGCAGAGCAAUCGUUUCUCUCCGCGGCGUUCGCCUAUGCGACCUGCCAGACAAUCAAUGCGAUCUCCUGGGAAAAUGUCCUCGCUUUUGGACUUUGACAUCCCGCCCGCUCCCACUCCCCGAUCUAUUCCCACGGUGACUCCCCGUGAGUUGGAGUCCCUCAAGUCUGGCUUCAUGUCGGAGAUAUCUUCACUGAGGGCCACCCUCAGCGGGAAAGAUGCCGAAGUUGCCAGCUUGAAGCAGGCAGUGGUUGACUCCGAGAGACGUGUCGGUGAAGCUCUGGAGGAAUUACGCAACGAAGCUGCUGUGAAGGAGGAGUUAGAGAUUGAACAAGCCGAGUGGGGUCGCAGAGGCAAGGAAAUGGAGACUGUUUUACUGUCUGUCCAAUCUCAAUUGACCGACGGGGAGCGGGAGCGGGAGAACCUAUUGCGGAGGGCCGAGGAAGCUGAAACGAGCAAGGAAAAGCUGGAACAGAGGGUUGUCGAGCUCGAGACACGUCUAUCUUCUGCGCGCGCUUCGGCGUCUUCUGCUAGUAGUGCCAAUGCCUCUCGUUCCGCUUCUAACUCGGCGGAGGAUACUGCCCGAGAAGUUCAGGAUGCCGUCGAGAAGGUGGCUCGUGAACUGCACACUCUAUAUAAGGGCAAGCAUGAAACCAAGGUCGCCGCGUUGAAGAAGAGCUACGAGUCUCGCUGGGAAAAGCGUCUGCGAGAAUCAGAGAAGAAGCUUGUUGCCGCUCGCGAGGAGAAUGAUCAUCUCCGCUAUGAGCGAGACGCCGCCCAGUCUGAUCCCAUGGCCGCCGGCAAUACCAGUCUCUUCGCACGCGAGAAUGAGGAGCACGAAGCCGAGAAACGUGCCAUGGAAGCUCAGAUCCAGGGCCUACAGAAAGAGAUGGCUUCGCUAAGGGACGAUACUGAGCGAAUCCGCUCAGAUCUCGAGGUUGAACGCGCAGAGAAGGGUGAUCUUGUCGCUGCUGUUGACGAAUGGCUGGCUAUGCAGCAACCUCCCCCUGACCCUCAGCGGGAGCGUGGGGGGUCUACUGCUUCUUCUCAUGGUCCAACUGAGGAGGCCCGUGUGUCUCGCGAAGCAACUCCUGAUGACUUCCGUCGCAGUAUUCCUCGUUCUGGCUCCGGAAAUAUUCGCCCUCCCGCUACUGCUGAGAAGAGGAUUCCUCGAUUCGGUGCCCCUGGACACUCGCGCGGUAACAGCGGGGGUAAGUCUGGCAUUGCAAUGCCUACCCCUGGUCGAGGAAUCAUGGGUUCAAUUGAGAGGAUGGGUCGAGGUGGUGCUUAA